AGCAGGGCAGGCGUCCCGACCGGGCUAGCUUUGUGAGAAAAACAAGCGCACCCAGUCUUCAGCCGACGACUCUGGAUUUGCGGAAGAGGAAGACCAGGCGUGGCUGAGGUACUUCCGUCUUCUACAGAGCAAAAUGACCGCGACUCUGCGUCCGUACUUGAACGCGGUGCGAGCCACCCUGCAAGCGGCCCUGUGUCUGGAGAACUUCUCCUCUCAGGUGGUGGAGCGCCACAACAAGCCCGAGGUGGAGGUCAGGAGCAGUAAGGAGUUGCUUCUGCAACCUGUGGUGAUCAGCCGGAAUGACAAGGAGAAAGUCCUGAUCGAGGGAUCCAUCAACUCUGUCAGAGUCAGCAUCGCUGUCAAACAGGCCGAUGAGAUUGAGAAGAUCCUGUGUCACAAGUUCAUGCGCUUCAUGAUGAUGAGAGCAGAGAACUUCUUCAUUCUGAGGAGGAAACCAGUUGAGGGAUAUGACAUUAGCUUCUUGAUCACCAACUUCCACACGGAGCAGAUGUACAAACACAAGCUAGUGGACUUUGUCAUUCAUUUCAUGGAAGAGAUCGACAAGGAGAUUAGCGAGAUGAAGCUGUCCGUCAACGCCAGAGCUCGAAUUGUGGCCGAGGAGUUCCUCAAGAAUUUCUGAUGACUGUGUCAUCCAACAAGUCCCGCAAAGUUGUAUGGGCCAAUCAGGACUAGAGGAGCGCGAGACAGCAACAGCCAAUCAGAGGAGAGAAGCGCCAAACCUGACCAAGCAAGGCGACAACGUCCGUCUCAAGUGUUUUCCUGUAUUCAUGAGUAUCAUCGCGUGUAUAUAACGAAUUAUUUACCAGAUUCAUAUUUCUGCCUCUUAGAACAAAUGCCUAGUCAAAGGCGGGUCCUUAAAGUAUUAUCGAGGCUGGUAGCCAUGACUACAGGCGUCUUGAGACCGUUUUUGUCGCAAGCUUAAAAAAAUAAAUAAAUAAA